CUAUGUAAAAAAAAAACACAGAGAAAAAAGCAAGAUGGCGGACUUCAGCUUCGAUUCUUUAUAAAAUUCUGUAAAGUGCUCGUUUGCAUGUUAUUAUAUUCAAUUCCUAGGUACUAAGUCAUCAAAAAAGAACAAAUUUCUGGUGAAUUGUUCUUUGUUCAGUGUAGAGCAUUAUUUAUGUGUACGACAAGUAACUUUCACUAUGAGUGAAACUGCCAACAGUGAAGGUGCUUUAGAAUCGGAGAAGCCGGUUCAUAAUGAUGAUGUACAAUUCCCGCCCUUCCCUGAUCCUAAAGAUGAUGAUUUCGAUGAUGAUAUUGCGGAAGAUGAAAGAAAUUACUAUAGAACAAUCUUUAAAGACAUUAACCAAAUAAAAGGUAUGAGAUUACAUUGUACGGCUUGCGACCGUCACCUGGGGUGUGCACCACGAAACGAAGUGCGUAUGCGAGCUCAUCCGAUGUUACGCACUUUAGUUUGUCACAACUGUCACGUUUUUUAUAAUAGUGGGGAAUUUGAAAAGGGAGAUGAUGGAUCAGAACUCUACUGUAGAUGGUGCGGCCAAGGUGGUCAAGUAUAUUGUUGCUCUGACUGCCCUCAUGUAUUUUGUGCGAAAUGCAUCAGACGUAAUUUGGGAACACCCAAAAUAAAAGAAAUUGAAAAUACGGAUGAUUGGAAAUGUUUUAAAUGCAAUAACAAUUGUUUGUGGGAUCUACGUGCAUUAUGUUGGGCUGUCUUGCGCUUCUGUGAUCUUAAAAAUAAGAUAGUACACCAAACACAAGAUACCCAACUGAAAGAAGCAUAUAAAAAGGACUGUGCUAUUGACUAUUCUGAAUGUUGUAAAGCAAAAAGUAAUAAAAGAGUACAAAAGAUGGAGUCCAUAAAGAAGAAGGAAAUUAAAAAAGAAAUAAAGAAGGAAGUAGAGCCUAAACCUCCUCUUAAUAUUAUUUCUAAAAUCCCAUCUACAAUACAGGUGAAAAAGUUUGCCGCUGUAAAUAUAGAAGAAUCUAAAUCUGAGAAAAAACCUCAAAAACGAUCAAUGAGUCCAAAAAUCAAACCAGUUACAGCAAAGACCUCAAUCAAUACUGCACAAACUACAAGACUGUUGAACCCUCUUACAGUUCCACCACUAGCAAAAAAGAUGAGGCUACCAAAUUCACCCAUGAUGAGUAAUCCAGUUCGAGUAACUGACCGGAACAAUAUAACUACAUACAGUCGCAUCAGGCCUAAGCCACCUCAUCCUAUUGCCAUUGCUAAUUGUAGUUUCAAUGGCUUUGGUGCGAGUUUAUUUAGUACUGACAAUAUAAAUUUAUCUAUAGAAAGUUUAACACAGGGUUUAGACAUGUCAGCUGUAGCUGCUUUAACUCAAAAUUCUCAGGAUGAUGAUGUUGUAUGCACUCCUGAUUUUCCCCUGGAACCUUUGUGUGAGGUUACAGAAGACAACGAUGAUGAUGUCCAGUGCAUAACUCCUGGUCCAGUUGUACCUCCAAAAUUUGUUAAUCCUCCUCCAUUAGUACCCCGAAGUUUAAAUAAUUUAUCAACAGAAAUAACAGCAGACAAUAUCAUUCAAAUGACAGAUAAUGAUGUUACCGUUAAUGCAGCUACUGGAGGACUGAAAUUUCGUGUGGAUCCACAAACUUUGUCAUCUAACAAAAUGUAUCGGCUGCCUGAUGGACGUAUAUUUGCAAUUAACGCCAAUCCAUCGAUGCCUGGAGGUUAUUCUGCUACUAUAGUAGCGGUUACUGAGCCCACUACUGGUAAGGCAGUGCCUAAGGGCGCAACAUUUGCAGCAAAACUUAGUAGUGUAAGUACGUCAACUCCUACACCUACUCCUAAACCAACUCGGAAUAUUCCUCGCAUUUUGAAACGAAGUACGCCAAAGUCUGCGACUGCAAGAAAAUCGUCAGAAUCUUCAUCUAGAGAAUGUGAUUUGAACGUGCCUGUUGAGUGGUAUAGAUACAAUUUAAUAGAUGCGGUUGACGCUUUGGAAUAUGCACUGUCAAGGCUUCACAAACUGAAGAAAGACACUACUACCGUCUACUUGCGGACACGCUCUGUUAAUGAAAUGCGUAAUCUCCAUCGGACAUUAGACCGAUUAUUGGGUACGUCAUCCAGCAGAUUUGGUGAAAUACGUGAAAAUCUCAAUAAAGGAUUAAAGCAGUAUGUUCUCCGUAAGUCUGGCAGUAAUGCUAACAAUAGUGAAGACGACGAUGACGUUGAAAUAUUGCCGGAUUUGGAUAACGAUGACCCAAUAUUUAUAGACGAAAACUCAGUAGAAUCUGCUAUGAACGGUAGUGAAAACCAAGAGGUGGAUUUGACAGGUGCUGGUAGCAGUGAGUACAAUGAUAGUGGGGAAAAUAGUAAAGUUAACAACUUUUCCAAUAUUGUAAUUGAUUCCUCUGAAAUUGACAAUGAGAACAGAGAACACGGUGAUGUACUAGCAGUCUUAAGUCACAAUGUGCAUGCCACAGAAGACGUAUUAACAAGGCAAGACUGUGAUAAUGUAAAGGACAGUGAUUUAGAGAAAGUAAAAGAAUUAAAAUCUGAGGGAAAAGUAAACGAAAACAAAGAUACUGAUUUAAUUAAUAGUGAGAACCAUGAUAGUGAAAAUGAGUCUGAAACUAAUGCUCGGGAAAGUAAAUUGGAUAACAAUAUAAAAAUACAUAGAGCUGACAAAGUAAGCCAUGAAGAAUCUAAUGAAAUAAAAGGAAAGGAAAACACUGACAUAAAUAUUGGAACUGAAACUGUGAGCAAAGAAAGCAUCAUUGCUAAUAAUGGCAUGGAUGAUGGUGCCAUAACACUGACAUGCAACGAAGUAGCUAUUGAAGAUGAUAAAGAAGGAAAUGGUAAUAAUGAUAAGGAAGCUUUACUCAAAGAAGAUGAGAAGGUUGAAAGUGAAAAUAUAGAAGAUGAUAUGAAUCAUAAAGAUUUAAAUGAAAAGGCUGAUAGUCAAGAUAGUAACGAUAAAGUCCAAGAUAUUGAAAUGAGUGAAGAGAUGAUUGAAACAUUACUGAAAGACGAUAAUUUAGUUGAUGAAACAACAUCUAGUUUAAAAAGUAAAGAUGUUGCAGAAGUACUGAAAGAAACCUAAAUAGUGUACAUUUUAUAUUAUCUUGUAUUGGAUAAGUAAAAUAAUAUACCUACUAAUUAAACAUAAGAUAGGUAAAAUACAAUAGGUUAACUGUGUUAAUAACAUAGUGGUCAAGAUUUUACUGUUAUAUUACUCCUCCAUAUUAACAGGGCGGGACUUCAUAAUGUCACCGUUAUAAUCAAAGUGGAAUAAAUAAAAACAUUGAACAAUAACAAAUAUAGCAUUGUAUACUGUGUAGAGUUUAAACAAUACGUUACAUGUUAUGUAGUUUUUUGUGAUGCUUUAUGUCAUCGUCACAGCAGAAAGAGGCGUAUGUACACAAUAUUCCCUUCAAAUAACUUAGCUAAGCUGUAGUUGGUCAUUUGGCACUUCGCGAAUCAUCAAAUAGGUUGAUGUUUCACAGCGUCAGCCAGGCGUAGGCAAAGUGCUGAGGGCGACUGCACGUACCUACUCACGCACAUACAUACAAACAAGUAGUAUAGCUGCGACACGUAUGGUUGACAGCAGCUGGCUUUCAAAUCUCAUAGUGUUAAAAAGCAUUUACAGUUCAUUCUAAACGUAAAGAAAGCCCGCAGUUAUUUGUAAGUUUUUUACUUUGCAAUGAAAACAAUAGUUAGGUAUAAUUGAAAAGGUACAAAGUACUAAAUUUUGGUUUCAAUUUAUAUUUUGUAGUGACAUACAAAGAGUUGAAAGAGUAAUCAAUAAAACCAUGACUACUACAGUCGAUGGCACACAGUAGCCUUAUUAAGCUUAUUAUGCAUUUUAUUUAAUAACCAUUUCUUUCAUUAUGAUUGUGAUAAAGUACAGUUUAAAAUUAGCAGAGCUUUUGUUUAAUAUGGUGUCUUUAUUUAUAGACCUUAAUGUAGUAAGUAAACGUAUAUUUGUCUUUAUUAUGUUUUCAUAACAAAACUAAAGAAUUUCGAUUUUGUAUGUAUAAAAUGGAUGAGGUAUUUAUGACACUAUUUUGUAUUCUCAAAGCAUAUUUCAUUUUCAUUGAAUAAAAUUAUAGAAAUCAUCCACGUGGCUACAUUAAUAUAUGAAUUUUCGUUAACAAUGUCUCUUCCCCCCUUGAGGAUUUCUUUAAGGUUCAUUUUGGACGCUGGCUGCCGACUGCAACUGUCAAUCGCACGUGCCGCGACUGCACGAAAUCGGCCGUAGCUGCACUGGUUUGCAUGUAUUUACAUGAAACCGUUCUAGAUCGAAGCGGCAGCAGCAUGUGCAGUCGCUCUAAGAUAGCGACCGAGUGUCUGCAGUCGAAGCAGAUGCGGUCGGCAGCUAGCAUUCUAGACUCGCCUUUUGUAGAAAUCACUAUUAGCAAAAUUUUGAACAAAAUCUUAGAAUUAAAGGUAGCAUAUAAUUAAUUAAAGAAAAAUACAAAGAUUUGAAGCGUGAUGUAUUUAAUUUAUGAUUGACUAGACAUUAUUAUAAUGUGACGCACAUAUACAUAUUUAUAGACUUGGGGGAUCGUAAAGAGGAAAAUUUAUAUCUGAUUUUAUUUACCUUUAAUUCUGAGGUUAUGUACCUACCUACUUAAUUGAUUGAGAUAUAUUCAAAACAAAAAUACUGGCACUAAUCAAAAUAUUACCUCGUUCUGCCUUCCAUUAAAAAAAAAACAAAGUCGAAAUAUAUGUUAGAACUACUAAGUUUUAGUUCGGGGCUGAAGCAAAGUUGUGACAGUUGCUUCAGGUACACUUCUAAACGCCUUUGUCGGUGGCUUAUUUUUAAAUUUUUUAAACAAAAAAUUUACAAAGCUGCUCUGAAAUUGGUCAUUAGAAUCGGAUCCAAUCAUGCUUCUAGCUAUUAUAUUAUGAACAGGUAUUCAUGACGACCAUAACAGCCAAUUGUUAUCUUAGGAAGGUUGGGGGGAGGGGGGGGCAGUAUUGCUCAACCUCUGUGUAAAUACUUCAUUGACUUAUUAUACUUGCAGGAUCUGUUACAUAACAAGGCAGAUCAUCCUUACUGUGGCGUGGUUCCUUUUCCUUGAUCAAGAUAAUGAUUUUUCUUUUUUUUUCCAUAGAGCUUACAUAAUGAAAAAUGUUUUGGGUAUAUUUUUAAAACAGUAUUCUAAACAAGAUUCAACUUUCUUUAGAGAGCUUUUUAUUUUUUCCGUAUAGUAGAACUAGUAUUACCACACGGCUUGUUGUAAUACUUAGUUGCCCUCCCGCUCAUAUUAUACCCGAGCUUUUGUUAUUCCCGAGUCUAAAACUAAAAUCAAGGGCAGGACACAUCUUGACAAGACAAUAUUUUUUUACGCUGUGAGGAACGUUGAAUCUCGCUCUUUCAUAGCUACUUCGAAAAAUUACCUUUAACGUGCGCUCCAAUAUUAUGUUUGUGAUAUCUGAUAAAGUGACUCUUGUAGAUUUAUUGAAUUGGUAAUUUUUAAAAAUAGACCACUAUGUGUAAAGUACAUUAAUUGGUAUAUAAAAUAUAGGUAGUUUCUACGUUCUUUGCUAAUAUUUGUACUUUUUCUUGAAGAAAACGAAAAUGUAAAUAUUUAUAUUAUUCGUGGCUAAAGCUCAACUCACACUGGCGCUGUGUUGAAGUGAAUCUAAGCGUCAAUCUGUCAGAAUCUAUUUCAGAAGGUAUGAAAAAUUAUGUGCAUUACAUUAUGGAGCCAAGUGCGAAUUGAUGAAGUUUCAGACUAACGUUUGGAUUCGCUUCAAGUCUCAAGUGUUCGUUGAUGAAUGUAGGUAAGCCAGUAGAAUAGAUUUUUAUGUGUUUGUUUUAUUUGCUUGAUGUAAAGUUAAUCGGAUGGUCGGCAGGCAGGCCCUCCGAUCUGACCAGCUACUGCAGCUAAACUGUUAGAAGUAAGAAUUAUAAAACCAUCAUUUUAGUA